AAUGCUAAGUGUGCCAUGUUUUUGUUGUGUGGUGCAGGUCUGAGCACGGAAGGCUUGUACCGUGUUAGUGGCAACAAGACUGACCAGGACAACAUCCAGAAGCACUUUGACCAAGAUCGCAUGAUGGACCUGGAGGUGAUGGACGUUGCCAUCAACGCAGCAGCCGGAGCCCUCAAAGCUUUCUUCGCUGACCUGCCGGACCCUCUGAUCCCGUACUGUCUGCACCCGGAGCUGGUGGAGGCCGCAAAGAUUGUGGACUACACGGAGCGCCUGCAGGUCCUGAGGGACAUCGUGAAGAAGUUCCCCUCGGUCAACUACCAGGUCUUCAAGUACAUCAUCACACACCUGAACAGGGUGAGUCAGCACAGUAAAAGCACGCUGAUGACGGCGGACAACUUGUCCAUCUGCUUCUGGCCCACGCUGAUGAGACCCGACUUCGAGAACAAGGACACCCUGUCCACCACCAAGCUCAACCAGGCGGUCGUGGAGUCCUUCAUCGUGCAGAGCGACUACUUCUUCCACGGCGGUGACAUGGUCGACGGCCCCGCCGGCGGCGGCGGGGGCACCGGCACGCCGCCGCCGCGCUGCCACAACAUGGUGGAGGCGCUGCUGCCCCUGCAGCUGCCGCCCCCGCUCCAGCCCCAGCAGAUCCAGCACGCCAUGGCCCCCGAGCACAUCCUCUGAGCGGGGCCGUGGGCAAACCCCGCCGACGGCGCCGCCUCUCGCUUCCCAGACUCAAGAACUACAACUCGGAAGCUCUUUUCUUUCCAGCCACGCGAUUGGACGUCUGGCCGACUCCUCCCUUAGCCCCGCCCUGAGCUGAAACCACUUCCGUCUUCCUGCAGGUUCCUCACAUUUCACCUGUAACCUUCUUUGACCUCAGCCGAAGACUCCAACUCUUGUAGAUAGCCCCGCCCCCCUCCCCCGCCCCCCCAGGCCCCCACAAUGAAGAGCACAGUGUCAAUUUGUGUUUUUAUUCUUUUCUUUUUGAUAUAUUUCUAUGUUGUCUCAUUUCUUAACCUGUCCAGUGUGUGUUUGUUUCCACUCGCCUUCCGCCGAGAAGGUUUGGAUUUAGGAGGGAAAAACAUUGGAAAAAGUUCAGCCUCCGCCGCCGGCUGAUGCUUUUAUUUUGAAGGGACAAGCCCCUCUGCCUCAGCACAUGAGCGAUGUAACCACCAGGUGGCGUCUGCAUGGUUUUAGUGCCGCUUACUUCCUCCUCCUGAAUGUUUUUUUAGUCGAAAGCUUUUAUUUUGUUUUGUUUUGUUGCCACUAAAAAGAAGUUUAUAUAAGAAUCUAAAUAGAAGAAUUUAUCAGCAGGACAGGAAAAUCCCGACCGUCUUUGAACGCAGCACGCCGGGUUCUGGUGGCCGACACCCGGAGAUUUGUCAAAAAGUGGAACGUGACGAGACGGAGAACGCGGAAGUGGACGGAACAGGAAGUUGUUAGCAUGCUAACAAACUGCUAGCGACAUGAGGGAACGUAGCAAAGUGCAGUCGGGCGGCCAUUUUGUGCCAGUUGCCGCUCUCCAAGUCUCUUUGGAAACUUUUGCUGACAUUUUGGUUCAAAGGGACGACUUCUACUUCUUCUAGACUAAAAGUGGUUACUUCUACUUCUUC